AAAUUGGAGAAUUCAUCUCGCCUUUCCCUGUCCCUCUCACUUCACUCUGAGGAAAGAUGGAGGGCGAAGCAAGGCACGGGGUCGGCGAGCCCUCUUCCUCCUCCUCAGCCUCCGCCCACUCUCCAAAGGUUUGAUAAGUUUAUCGAGUGAAGUUUGAAGGGCUAGGACGAAAGAGCUAUUAAAGGUCAAGAUGUAUUUGUCUCUGCACUGCUGAUUUUGACUUGAACAAUUUGUCAGUUCUCAUGCAAUUUCCCUACUUCUCGGAAAUGAAACUAUUAGUUUCGAAGUCUUUCAGACAGAGCAGAAAGCAAGGAGACUGUACACAACCUUCAGUUCCCAUUGUGACAUAUUCCAAUACUGUUGAACACCAGAACCUAGAGCCAAUACAUGAAGGAGUUACGUAUCUGGACCCUAGUGGGAAACUGACGAGUCACACUCUUCAAAUGCCCUCUAGACCUAUAAAUAUUGGCGGUGAUAGUUAUGAUGAACAUAUGAUCAAGACACAACACAGUUUUCCUAGAGGAUGUUCAUCUGGUGGAGGCCUUUCUCGUGGUUUAAGUUUUAAAAACAAGACAGUCAUACUUGAUGGUGAGCGAAGCUCCCUUCUAAAUCCAGAACCUGGUGGAAAAUCAGACAGCAGAGUGGGUCCUGAAAAUGCUGUUCUUUCAAACUUUGUUGCAGCAUUCUCAUGGAAAAGAUGUGCAUCACUUCCUGCCACACCAGCAUCAAAUCUGCCUCCUUCAUCUACCUCUACUAAAGAAAAGACAACCAUUGAACAGCAGACAUCCCAGAAAUGGACAAUUCCAACAAAGGUUUCAAGGUCCUUGUCGGUACCUUCGCGGAAUGUUGUAAUCGUGAGAUCUGCAUCUUUCCCUAGUCCCAAAGAGAUUAUACCAUCAGAACCUCCGGAUGCAGGUCAGUUAGGCCCUGUACAUGUGGAGGAUAAUGAUGAAGAGAUUCCUGAGGAAGAAGCUGUUUGCAGGAUCUGUAUGACUGGAUUACAUGAAGGAGAGAGUUGGCUCAAGAUGGAGUGCAGUUGCAAAGGUGCCUUAAGGCUUACACAUGAAGAAUGCGCAGUGAAGUGGUUUAGCAUAAGAGGAAACAAGAUAUGUGAGGUCUGUAGUCAAGAGGUUCUCAAUUUACCAAUAACGUUGUUACGGGUGCAGAGGUCUGCUCAAAGGGACCAUGGUCAGCAACAUACUACAUCAGGCUUAUUGUUAAGCAGAACCUGGCAGGAUGUGAUUGUUCUAAUCUUGAUUAGCACAAUGUGUUAUUUCUUCUUCCUUGAGCAGCUGCUGGUUAAUGAUAUGAGAUCUCAUGCAGUUAUGAUUGCUGCACCAUUUUCAUUAACCUUGGCCCUGCUGGGAUCAGUGUUUUCAGUUGUCUUAGCGCGCAGAGAGUAUGUUUGGGCAUAUGCAGCAUUUCAGUUCUCACUUGUGGUCAUUUUUCUCCAUCUCUUUUAUUCUAUGCUCAAACUAAAAGCAGUUUUCGCUAUCCUCUUUGCAUCAUUUUCGGGGUUUGGAAUUGCAAUUGGAAUGAAUUCAUUUUGUCUACAACUUUUUGCUUGGAGGACUCGUGCUAUGCAAGCACGGAUGAAUGCUAACCCAGUUUAAUGGAGUGAGCUCUGUAACAUAUAAGAUUGCUAUCUUUGAUCAUGUACACAGAUUGCAUCGAUAUUGUUUUGUUCUAGACCAGACAGAUACUUCACAUAUCAAAUUUUGUUUCUUUAACUAAACAUUAAUGGAAACUUGAAGCAUAGAGUUUAUGUUAGCACACAAA